ACAGUACCCUCUCCUCCCCCCUCCCUCGCUCCCUGUCUCCCUCCUCCCUCUCUCCUCUGUCCCAUCUGCUCCUCUCCCCUCUUCCUCCGAGGCGGUGCUAGCCGAGCCCAGCCACCCGCCGGCUCGCCAGCACCCGGGGCGCGCGCUCGCGCCCGCCGCCCGCUCGCCCGCCCGGACUCAGCGCGCCGCCCCGCCAGCGAGCCGCGGCCGAUCGAGCAUUACCGUCGGCCGCCCCGUCGCCCGAUUCCCGCGGGAUUUCCGCCCCCCCGGGCCGCGGGACCGCCCCCAGCCGAAUGGCGCAGAGCAAUUGGGAAGCGGAUAAGAUGCUCGAUGUGUAUAUCUACGACUACUUGCUCAAGCGGAACCUCCAGACGACCGCCAAGGCGUUCAUGGCGGAGGGGAAGGUCGCUGCCGACCCAGUUGCAAUUGAUGCUCCUGGGGGCUUUCUCUUUGAGUGGUGGUCUGUCUUUUGGGAUAUAUUUAUUGCAAGGACAAAUGAGAAACAUUCGGAGGUUGCAGCAGCUUACCUAGAGGCACAACAAAUAAAAGCGAGAGAGCACCAGCAGCAGAUGCAGAUGCAACAAUUGCAACUCAUCCAACAAAGGCAUGCUCAAAUGCAGCGAACUAAUUCAGGCCACCCUUCGCUUAACGGUCCAAUCAAUGGCCUAAACUCCGAUGCCAUUCUGGGGCCAUCGACAGCUAGUGUUUUAGCUGCUAAGAUGUACGAAGAGCGCUUGAAGCACCCUCAUCCAAUGGACUCCGAAGGAUCGCAGCUUAUCGAUGCUAGUAGGAUGGCUCUUCUUAAGUCGGCUGCAACAAACCAUACAGGGCAAUUAGUUCCUGGAAAUCCUGGAAAUGUAUCUACUACACUGCAACAGAUGCAGGCUCGGAAUCAACAAACAAUUGAUAUUAAGAGUGAAGGCAACAUGGGUGUUGCCCAAAGAUCUAUGCCCAUGGAUCCAUCUUCCUUAUACGGACAGGGAAUAAUUCAGCAAAAACCUGGAUUAGGUGGUGCAGGACUGAACCAAGGAGUGAGUGGUCUACCCUUGAAGGGCUGGCCAUUAACUGGAAUAGACCAACUUCGGCCAAAUAUUGGUGCCCAAAUGCAGAAGCCAUUUCUUUCAACACAUUCACAGUUCCAACUUAUGUCACCUCAACAGCAGCAGCAACUCUUAGCACAGGCUCAAGUACAAGGGAGCCUUAACAACUCAACUAAUUAUGGGGAUAUGGACCCCCGCAGAUUUACAACACUGACCAGGGGUGGCAUGAAUGGUAAAGAUGGACAACCUGCUGGGACUGAUGGCUGCAUUAGUUCCCCGAUGCAAUCAAGUUCACCAAAAAUUAGAUCAGACCAAGAAUAUCUCAUGAAGAUGCAGCAAACAUCUUCUCAGCAAUCACAGGAGCAUCUUCAGCAGCAGCAGCAGCAGCAGAACCAGCAACAGCAGCAGCUAAAUCAGCAGCAAAUGCAACAGAACAACAGAAAAAGAAAGCAAGCUACAUCGUCGGGCCCAGCAAAUAGUACUGGAACAGGAAAUACGGUGGGCCCUUCAGCCAACUCUCCACCAUCAACUCCAUCCACACAUACACCUGAAGGACUCGCAAUAGCUGGCAAUAUGCGCCAUGUUCCGAAAAAUUUAAUGAUGUAUGGUGCGGAUGGAACUGGGCUCGCAUCCUCUUCAAAUCAAAUGGAUGAUCUUGAACCUUUUGGUGAUGUUGGCUCGUUGGAUGAUAAUGUUGAGUCUUUCUUAUCCAAUGAUGAGGGAGAUGCAAGGGAUAUUUUUGCUGCACUUAAAAGUCCGUCAGAGCCUAAUCCACCUGCUUCAAAAGGUUUUACAUUCAGUGAGGUUAACUGUUGGCGAACAAGCAAUAGCAAGAUAGUCUGCUGCAACUUUUCUUCUGACGGCAAGAUCUUGGCAAGUGCUGGGCAUGAAAAGAAGGCUGUACUUUGGAAUAUGGAUACUUUCCAGACACAAUAUUUACCAGAGGAGCACGGUCUCAUUAUCACUGAUGUCCGUUUCAGGCCUAACUCUACACAGCUGGCAACUUCAUCUUUUGACAGAACAGUUAAAUUAUGGAACAUUGCAGAUCCUGCAUUCUCGCAGCAUACAUUCACUGGGCAUAAUUAUCAGGUUACGUCACUAGAUUUUCAUCCAAAGAAGACGGAACUUUUGUGCUCUUGUGAUGGCAAUGGUGAAAUCCGAUACUGGAACGUAACCCAGCACACUUGUAUUCGUGUCAUAAAGGGUGGUACUGCUCAAAUUCGUUUCCAACCUAGCACCGGACAGUUUCUCGCAGCUGCUAGUGAAAAUGCUGUCUCCAUAUUUGAUGUUGAAACACAUACCAAAAAGUACACCUUGCAGGGCCAUAACACAGACGUGCAGUCAGUGUGCUGGGACAACACUGGGGAGUACCUUGCGUCUGUCAGCCAGGAUCUAGUUAAGGUGUGGUCAGUAUCAUCAGGAGAGUGCAUUCAUGAGGUCAGCUCAAAUGGAAAUAAGUUCCAUUCUUGUGUGUUCCACCCAAGCUAUACCAAUCUCUUGGUGAUUGGAGGCUACCAGUCGUUGGAGCUAUGGAACAUGGUAAAGAACCAAAGCAUGACGGUACCGGCUCACGAUGGUCUGAUUGCGUCGUUGGCACAAUCACCGGUAACCGGUAUGGUGGCUUCUGCGAGCCACGACAACUCCGUCAAGUUGUGGAAGUAACAAUAAUAAUAAUAAAGCGGAUGCGCCUAGAUAGUUUUUCUUCUUCUCCAGAUAAAUUGAUAUUCCAUCAGUCAAGGCAUAGAAUGAGUUGUCGAUUGUGUUGUACCUCCAUCAAGGCGAAUAAGGAAAGAGUAGCUUGGUUGGUUGCCCGCCGUAGUUGAGCUGUUUAGGGCUGAUUGCGGCGAGUCUGCGGCAAGGAACUGUAUGUAUCUCAAUAGGCGGUGUGUGUGUGUAGCGCAAAGACAGGAAAGAAGAAAUGUAACAUUCCGGUGCUUAACUGGAAGAACUCAGUGCAAUUAGCCUCUGUCGGUUGGUUAUGAAAUCGUGGGUCUUGCGAGCGACA